AUGAAAUUUGCUACUACUUUGUCCUUGUUGGCCUCUACUGCCAUUGCAGCCCCAGCCGUCGUCACCGUCACUCAACACGUCCAUCAAACUCAAAUGGUCACUGUUGAAGGUUUGGUUUACCAAGAAAACGGUGAAUUCAAGACUACCUACACCACUGUCGGUGCUGUCCCAACUGCCACUUUACAAGCUGUCGAAAACCAAAACGUAGAGACUCAAAACACCAACGUCGUCACUCAAGUCGCUGCUGUCACUAUCGUUGCUUCUCAAAAAGUCGACUCUGCCACUGUAGCUCCUACUACUACUCCAGCUGCUGUUGAACCAACCACUACUUCUACACCAGCUCCAGUUCAAACUACUCCAGUUACUUCCAACAUUCAAAAACAAGCUACUUCUUCUGCUCCAGCUCCUUCCACUGCUGCUGCUGCUGCUUCCAGUAAUUUGGAAGACUGGGCUCAACAAAUCUUGGAUGAAACCAACAAGAAGAGAGCUUUACAUGUUGACACUGGCUCUUUAACUUGGAGUCAAGAAUUAGCUCAGUAUGCACAAAACUACGCCGACAAAUACGAUUGUUCCGGUAACUUGGUCCAUUCGGGUGGCCCAUACGGUGAAAACUUGGCUUUAGGUUACACUCCAACCGGUUCCGUUGAUGCUUGGUACGAUGAAGGUACCAACUACGAUUACUCUAACCCUCAAUACUCCUCUGCCACUGGUCAUUUCACUCAAUUGAUCUGGAAGGGCUCUACUUUGGUCGGUUGUGGUAUCAAGAACUGUAACAACGAAUGGGGCCAAUACGUCAUUUGCUCUUAUCAAGCUCCAGGUAAUGUCAUUGGUGAGUUUUCUGAGAACAUCAUGCCUUUGAAUUGA